ACCGCUUGUCAAACUUUUGCGUGGAAUUUUCACGCCGAGAUGUUAACUAUUGCGUUUACAAGUAUUUUAGCGGCUUUGCUAACACUUCUUUUCUAUCAAAAAACAUGCUAUCCCUUUUUUUGGGAGGAUUUGAAAUAUUAUUUGAAACUCCGGAUCUACAGGAAGUCGUUGCAAGCUCGCAUGCGGCGUGGGAUCGUCACAUAUCUGGACUGUUUUCUCCUCCAGGCGAGUCAGAACCCGAACAAGCCCUUUAUUAUCUUCGAAAAUCAAAAGCUGACGUACCGGGACGUGGACAGGAGAAGCAACCAGUUUGCGAACGCAUUCAGGGAGAAGAAGUCUUUGAAAGAAGAAAACAUUGUUGCUCUGUUGAUGUGCAACGAACCGGAUUUUAUUUGUGUGUGGCUGGCUCUGUGUAAACUAGGAUGUCAAGUCGCGUUUCUUAACACCAACAUUAAAGCUAAAGCUCUGCUUCAUUGCAUUCAGAGCUGUGGAGCCAAGAUGCUUGUUGUGGGCUCAGGUUUGGAUUGUUUGUUGGAGGGGAUGCUACCUGAGCUACAGAAAGACAACAUAUCUGUCUGGACAGUGCAUCCCUCAUCACUUCCAAAGGGUGUCAUCACGUCACUCGAAAAGGUGCAAAACAUGUCGACAGAAAACCAAUGUGGGCCACUUAAAACUGACAUCAUGUCCAAUUUCCUCUUCAUAUUUACAUCAGGAACCACAGGUUUUCCAAAGGCUGCACGUGUAGGUCAUUUGAAGGCCAUUAUGAGUAUGGCAUUCCUUCACAUGUGUGGCGCUACAUCUGAUGACGUCAUCUACAUCACCCUUCCUCUCUACCAUAUGUCUGCUUCCCUGUUAGGCAUUGGCGGAUGCAUCCAGCUUGGUGCAACGUGUGCCUUAAAGAAGAAGUUUUCAGCCAGUCAAUUUUGGAAGGACUGCGUGAAAUACAAUGUGACAGUGGUGCAAUACAUAGGAGAGCUUUGUCGAUAUUUGGUCAACCGUCCUAUGGUUCCAGAAGAGAAUAGUCACAGUGUUUGGCUUGCAGCUGGAAGCGGCCUUCGGUCCGAUGUGUGGAAGGCAUUCACCAAGCGUUUUAGUACAGUCAAGGUCCGAGAAGGGUAUGGUUUAACUGAGGCCAGCAUCGGCUUCCUUAACUACACAGAUGAGGUUGGACCCAUUGGCAGAGCAAGCUAUUUCAACAAGCUUUCGACACCAUUUAAACUCCUGAGAUAUGACCCACAAACAUAUGAAGCUUACCGAACACUGUCCGGAAGAUGUGAACAAGCACAGAUGGGUGAAGCUGGUAUCCUGGUCGCUCCUAUUACAGCGAUGAAUCCGUUCUUGGGAUAUGCUGGAAAUAAGAUUCAGUCUGAAAAGAAGUUGAUCAAGGAUGUGUUUAUCAAAGGUGAUGUCUAUUUCAACACUGGAGACCUCCUGCUUCAAGACCAAAGAGAAUUUCUUUACUUCCGUGACCGCAUUGGAGAUACUUUCAGGUGGAAAGGAGAAAACGUAUCCACCAUGGAAGUUUCAGAGGUUUUAUGUCUUCUCGAUUUUAUUCAAGAGGCCAAUGUUUAUGGAGUCAGUGUACCAGGAUAUGAAGGUCGAAUAGGCAUGGCUGCUAUUGUUUUAAAAGAGGAGCACACAUUACAUGGCCCCAAACUUUACUGCCACUUGGUUGAAACUCUUCCAGCGUAUGCUUGGCCGUGGUUUCUCAGAAUUCAGCCCUCUCUGGAUAUGACAGAAACUUUCAAGCAACAGAAGGGCAAGUUGGUCCAGGAAGGAUUCAACCCAGAGAUCACGCAGGACCAUAUCUAUUUCUUAGAUAUCACGCAGAAAGACUAUCUCCUCCUCAAUGUAUCUUUAUACGAGGACAUUGUGUGUGGAAAAAUCAAACUAUAGUAUAUGAGAGAAUGACCUGAUAACUAAUAAUGUCACAUUAGGGAAUGGUAAUUAAUCAGAUAUUAAAAGGUAAGUAGCAAUGCAUUAUAUUUGUGAUGUGCAUGGCACUAAACAAGAGAAUAUUUAUGUUUGUUUAAUAAUUUAAAAAUAUCCUAAUUCUCUGCAUGACAGCAGUUAUUGCUCCACAGGUAGAAACUCUAACAUGUAUGAAAUUCAGAAGGUAAUACUAUGCAAUAGCCAACUCAUUCCUUUUGACUAACACACACACGUGCACCAACACACCUUUACAGCAUAAAAUAUACACACUGUAUAUUCUGGUUAUAGAAGUGUCAUUUUUUUUCCUUAUAAAAGGAAAUAAAUACUUUUCAUUUACUGCUCGCCUUGUUUUGAAUGUCUGAAGAAAUUGACAGUUUAAAUCAAAAAUAGGGACAGAUUAAGGUAUUUGAAUCACUAUGGGCAGGACAUUAAGAAGGCCUUUUAUCUCACUACUGUUUAUGGACAAUUAAGAGAAAAAUCUUUGGGGUCACAGUAUUGACCCUAGGACGGGUUGGCAACCCAAAAUGUUGAAAGAGUAAUGUUGGACCAAAAAAACAUGUAUGUCUAGAGCUGCUAAAAAUUAAAAGCCUGAUAUAAGCCUUUUAAUUAAGGAACACAUGUGUCCAUAUUAUCCUACUAUCAAAAUGACUAAGUUGGGUCCUACAGAGACUGACGCACCACUUGACUACUCUGUUGUACGAUUCUGCCUCAAGUUUAACUUCAUUACGAUGCUAGAAACUGCAAUUUAUGGCGAAAUUACUAUGGGGCUUUGCUGUGGGGAGAUACAGAUCUUGGCCCUGCCCAGGCUGAUUUGGGGACAUUUCAGGGACAAUAUCAGGUCUUGUUGAUUUGUGGACAUGUCCUGGCCAUAUCAAGUCAUUUGGGGGACAUAUCCUGAUCAUAUCAGGUCAUUUGGGGAUAUUUGGGGGACAUGUCCUGGUCAUAUCAGGUCAUUCGGGGACAUUUGGGGGACAUGUCCUGGUCAUAUCAGGUCAUUUGCGGGCAUUUUGGGGACAUGUCCUAGUCAUAUCAGGUCAUUUGAGGACAUUUGGGGGACAUGUCCAGGUCAUUUGGGGACAUUUCAGGGACAUGUCCUGGUCAUAUCUGGUCAUUUGGAGACAUUUUGGGGGAUGUGUCUUGGUUAUAUCAGGUCAUUUGGGGACAUUUGGGGGACAUGUU